UAUGAUGAAUCCAAAAGGCAAAAGCACAGAGUGAGAUGCAAUUAUUCAUGCCAUGUUUUUCAUUCUAAGCAAGUGCGAAAAGAAAUUCUCUCCCUCAAAAGCAGAAAAAGGGAAGAGAUAGAAAGCAUAAUAUAAACAUCAGUACUUGCUAUAAAAUUUUCAGGCGACUCAGUCCCACUCUCAUUGUGCUAAGCAUCAAAGAAAAUAUCCUUCUCUUUCUCUCUAGCUCUUUAUUUCCUUUCUCCCUCUUUACCUUUCUCCCACUUCUCCACCUUUCUCUCUCUAUGAUCAGACGCUAACAGUUAUAGAGGGUGGGGGGAGAGAGAGAGGAUUAAGUACCAUGAAAAACACCAUUAGAUGCUGCAUCUCUUGCAUUCUACCAUGUGGAGCUCUCGACGUAAUACGCAUAGUACACAGCAAUGGCCACGUGGAAGAGAUCAGCGGGACAAUCCGAGCCAGCGAGAUUAUGAAGGCCUACCCUAAGCACGUCCUAAAGAAACCCUCUUCUUCAUCAGACGACGGUUGUGUCCCAAAGAUUGUGAUAGUCCCACCGGACGCAGAGCUUCGACGCGGAAAGAUAUACUUCCUCAUGCCGGUACCUUCAAACCCGGAAAAAAAUCGAUCGAGAUCAUCAUCCACGAGAAAGAAAAGAAGAUCAGAGCCCGAUAACAACCCCAACAACGCUACGUCAAUGACAAAACCAUUGAUAUCGGAUCAGUACUUGAGUGAAAUACUCUCGGAUCAGAAGCUUUCCACGCAUAGGGAUCGCAGCAGGCGAGACCGUGUUGGGGUAUGGAGGCCUCACUUAGAGAGCAUUUGUGAGUCUCCAAGUGAUCAUGUUUGACGGCGACCGGAGUUUGAUUAUCUUCUCGUGAUUCAUUUAAUUUGUAAGGUUCAUCCAUUAGGGUUCAUAAUUUCCAUUUUGCUUCUUUCACUUGUUUUUAUUGUUCUUCUUCUCCUUCUUUUUCCUUAGUUUUCCUCUGUUUUGUUUAUGGCUGUAUAUAGAGGCAUAUGAAAGAAAAAAAUAAUGCGAUAUUCUGUUAGGGUUCGGAAAUGGUGGCGAUGAUAUGAACAGUUUUGGUUGGAUUUCGGCAUCCGAUAAGAUCGUAAUUAAGCUACCAUUACCGGGAUUCGGAUUGUGAUGUCGUGAAAAAGAAGUAGAGGGAACUCCAAAGCAUUGUGGGGUUCUUCUUGUUAUUGAAAGAGAGUGAUCAUUAGGGAAAGAAACUGUUUUUGAGGGAGACCCACUUCUUCUGUUCACUGUAAAUUUCGCACAUGUAUAAAAAUUGGAAGGUGACGAUUGCUCUAUGAUCAUUGAAUGAUCUUAUCAUGUAGACCAGUUUGGCCAUUCAAUAGGCAGAAUUAAUGUUGUAGUUUCCAAA